GCCCCCAGCAACACCCAGACUGCUGCGAAUUCACUUGGAGCAAAACCGUGAGUUCAGCCCGGCCUGGGAGAGCCGAGGGGUUCCGCUGCGCACCCCCCGCCCUGCCCGGAGCGCUGGGAAUGCCCCAGGGGAGAGGCUGGACUUGCAGAGGCUCUGCCCUUCGAAAUAAUUCCAGGAGUAAAUGAAAGCCGUGUUUUGAAAAAGGGGGAUAAAAGGGUAGGAGUAGCCUCCCUUCCCACCAAAGCCGUUCUCCUGCCCUUGCCGAAUGCUUCCUGGAUUAGGAUUUGUCUCCAAAGAGCUGGAUCCCAUCCCAGCAAGGAGCCAGCGCUGCCAGAGCAGCGGCACCGGCGGGAUCUCCCCUCCCCAGCUCCACACACGCCGGUGGGCUCGGUCAUUAUUUUCCAGUUUUGCUCGACAAAACCCUCUAUUUGUAAAUCCUAUAAAAAUUUCACUGGCAUUCAGGGAAGCGGUGGCCAGUGGAGCUGGCGGGGGUCAGGAGGUGUGUUUGGGGAGGAGAGGUGGGGCCAAGCAGGAAUUGGGAGCUCCAGCCGCCGCUCUGGGCCGUGUCUCCCCCAGCCUCGCUCUCUGCCCGCCCCAGGCUGUGCCCAGUAAGGGGUUAAAACCUUUUCUCUGGUCUGUUGGUAAUUUCCCCUUCUGGAGGGGGGUUUCAAGAGGAGCUGGCACCUGGUAAUUCCCAGCAGCCAAUCUGUAGCUGAAAUCCCUCACAUCCAAAAUGACUGUGCAGAAACCCCGGUCAGGGCUGUACCUCCUCCUGCUUUCACAACUCAUCAUUGAUCUGAAUGAGCAUAUCGGAAAUAUUUCUUUGCCACUGUGUGUUACACAUGCUCCACGCAUUUUCUGGGUCAUUUACCAGAUUCAGCCCCAAAUUUCUCAAUGUAUUUAUUUAUUAAACCCAACAUACGGAGUUCCCAGCAGGGUGGGUUUGCUCGCAGCCCCUCCGGAGCUGUCAGGAGAGGUGAGAAAAGGUCCAGGGUGACUCUGUUUGUUGACUCGAGCGGUUGCUUGGCAGAAGGGGGCUCGGGGACAGCUCCUCGGCUCACACCUGCACACAGUCACCUGCCUGGGGACAACGAACCUGGGGAUAACGAACGCUCCCAGCUCCAGAGAGAGCAGCAGGACCAGCCUGGGGAACAGCCCGGCUUCCACACCAAGGAAACCUUACUAGUCUGGGAUGCUCGGGGGGUCCCCGGGGAGGAAGGGACACAACCCCCGGCCACCUCCCAGGGGUGACGCUGUGGCUUUUGGGUUUUAAGCGGGUUUCCUGAGCAAGGAGCAGGCGGCUGGGCCAAGGGAGGGGAUGGGAUAGGAGAUGGAAUAGGAUUGGGGAUGGGAUGGGGGAUGGGGGCGGAGCCUCAUGCCGGCGGCGGGCGUGGCUGGACGCUGGUGGGCGGGGGCUGAUUGGGAUUGACAUCUGAGCCCCGCCCGGGUGGGCGUGGCCGAGCGCAAUCGGGUGAAGCCGAACACAAUCGGGUGAAGCCGAACACAAUCGGGUCGCGCCGAACAGACGAACGCCGCAGCUCCAGCCCAGCCGUCUAGAGCCGAACGCAGCCAGGCAGAGCCGAUUGAACCCGAACCGAACCGGGCAUAGCCGAUUGGAGCCGAGAGCCCCGGGACCGCCCGCGCUGCUGCAUGGCCGGGAAGAAGCUGAUCGUGGUGUUCGGGGCCACCGGGGCCCAGGGGGGCGGCGUGGCCCGGGCGCUGCUGGACGAUGGGAGCUUCAAGGUGCGCGCCGGGACCCGGAGCCCCAGGAAGAAGGAGGCGGAGGAGCUGAGGCGCAGGGGAGCCGAGGUGGUGAAGGCAGAUCAGGACGAUGAGGCAUCGCUGGAGCGGGCCUUGGCGGGUGCCUACGGAGCCUUUAUUGUCACCAACUGGGAACACUGCAGCAAGGAGAAGGAAAUCGAGCAGGGGCGGUGUCUGGCUGAGCUGUCCAAGCGCCAGGGCCUGCAGCACAUCGUGUUCAGCGGCCUGGAGAACGUGCACCAGCUGAGGGGCCGGCUGGAGGUGCUGCACUUUGAUGGCAAGGGCGUGGUGGAGGAGCACUUCCAGAAAAUCGGGGUUCCCACCACCAUCAUCCGCCUGCCCUUCCACUUUGAGAAUUUCCUCUCCAUCUUCAAGCCGCAGAAGGCCCCGCAGGGAGGAGACGCCUUUGUCCUGGAGCUGCCCAUGGGGGACACCCCCAUGGAUGGGAUGGCUGUGGAGGACCUUGGGCCCGUUGUACUUUGCCUGCUGAAGUCCCCAGGGGAGUACAUUGGCCAAGUGAUUGGACUCAGCACGGGCAAGCUCACCGAGGCAGAGUACGCUGCCAUCCUCUCCCAGCAGACGGGCAAGACUGUGACAGCCAGCAAGAUCUCCCCUGAGGAGUACGAGAAGCGGGACUUCCCUGGGGCCACGGAGUUGGGCGACCGCAACGUGGCCCUGACCAUGAAGCUCAACCCCAAGGCCCACACCUUCCAGCAGUGGGUGGGGGACAACAAGAAUGCCUUCUGAGCCUCCCCUCCCUCCUCUGCCUCCCUGGUUUCUGCAGCAGGUAUGGGGACCUGGCUGAGGAGGUGAGGUACCCUGAGCCGUGCUGCCUUCCCAGCAGUGCCUCAGAGAGAGGCUGAUCCUGCCACAGCUGGGGAGAGCUCAGCCCCCUUGCUGGUCCCUGUGUGUGCUCCUGCAGGGUGGUUGAGACUAUUUAGGCAGCUAGAACAAGAGGAAGGGCUGGACAGCACAGGCAGAGGGGUGGCAGAAGCGCUGCCUUUGCACUCUGUCCUCAGGGAGUGUUGCUUUAGUCGUUGUGGGUGUUUUAGGGUGGUAGGGGCUUGUUUUCCCAGGAUCACCUCCUUUCCCAGGCAGCUCUGAGCAUAUGGCACCACGAGGUAGGCUGAAGGUGUGUUCCCCAAAGGCAGUGCCUUUGGGGCAGGUAUCCAUGGCCAGGGCUGCUGCAGGCUCCUAAGCAAACAGAAGCCAGGGAUUUCUCCAUGGAUCUGGUUUGGGCCCUGCAGGUGAGCCACUGCAGAGAUGGAGGCUUAGUGUCACCCCAGCAAGCAGGGACUGCAGUGACUUCCUGUAACACAAAAGCUGAGCCUGGUUCCUCAUCAUACAGCUCUGGCCCUGGUCCUUGGGCUCCUGGGCUAAUUUCAGUCACUGUCCCAAGGAGCUGAGAUAAAACUCAACUUCUUCUAGACUGUCCCAAGGUUCAGUGGAAAAGCCCCUUCCCCCUCACGUGCCUAAAGUACUGCUCAGAUAGGGCAGCUUUGUGUUUAAAGUCAAUCCCAGCCUCUUGCAAUGCUUGAGCCAUCCAACCCUGUCCCCUCAUUGUCCCAGAGACCUUGAUUCCUGUUAAAAGGGAAGGGAAAGGGGGUGACAGAGCAGGUGGAAGAGUAGACAAGGCAGCAAGGCACAGCACGUGUUAAAUAUCUUUAUGAAGUCCAUCUUAUUUACAUGGGUACAGAAUCACUUUACAGAAGUUUAAUCAGGAGGCAACACGUGCUUUAUUUCAGCAAAUUAAGAAGGGCAAGACUACAGCAUGUCCCUGUUUAACUGGUGUUGAACUGAUUAGUAUGUGGGCUGAUGGUACCUGCACAGUAUCACAAACACAGCAGGCUACAGUAACCAUGGAAUACUCACUGCAAGAGCUCAGCUCCAUCUGGAAGGAGUGAUCCACCUCACUUGCACUCUCACACAAGUAAAACAACAAUGCUUUGACCAAUCCUUUACGCUACGGGUGUUGCACUAAAGUAAUAAAAGAUUUUUGUCCCCAA